AUGUCCUCCAACGUCGGUCUAAGCACACCCCGCGGCAGCGGCACAUCCGGCUAUGUCCAGCGCAACAGCGCCUUCAUGAAACCGCGCAACGCAGGCUACGGCGCGCCCUACCCACCAGUGACAGGUGCAAACGGCAGCAGCGAGCGCAGCUUCAGGCAACGCAAGCCUGACCAGCAGAUCUUGGAACACGACCGGAUGCGCGCGAUCGAGGUGAAAGUGAUGGAGGAGCGGGAGCGUCUUGAGGAGGAGAACGAGCGGAUCGAAGAGGAGCAGAGCAAGGCCAAGAAGGACGACAAAAAGGAAGAGAAAGAGGAGGGGGAACAAGAUGAUGAAGAGAAGAUCUUGAGCGAGGAGGAAAUUGAUGCGCGGUGUGAGGCUUUGCGGGAGAAGUUGUUGAAGGAAGGCGAGAAGGAGAAGGGGAAGAUGGCCCCUCCAAAGGAUCGGAGGAAUCUCAAGGCUUAUCAGGUUCAUGAGCUUGCUGAGGCGAAGAUUGAGGAGAGUGAGAGGUUACGGAAGGCGCUGGGCAUUCGAGAGGAUAGGGAGACUGGAGAGAUUAGUUCUGGGAGGGUUGAGAGGAGACGGGAUUAA